UAGGCAGGUCACGUGGUUACGAAAAGCCAAUCAGAAUGAAAUUCUAUUCUAGCGUGACAACUCACGAUGCUCCUAUCGGAUAAUCCCCACGGACGAUGCUUACCGUGGUUUAAGUUACUCCUUGAAAAGUCCUACGGUCGUAAACAAUCAUAGAACGAGUACAGAAGGUUUGAGAGUGCUCGAGCUACACGAGAAAACAAAAGGAAAGUUAUCCGACAAGUAAAGGAUCUACAUUCUGUUCUGUUUCGCCGACGAUCUCAAUGAAAGCUUGCCGCGUGUGACGUGAUCAAAUUCGACCUAAUAAAAAGAGAUAUUCCACCAUGGCAGAGUCAGAUUUGACUGAACAGGAAUGGAAAGAAAAAGGUAAUAAAGAGUUUAACAAAGGCGAUUGGUCAGAAGCAUUGAGUAACUACACAAACGCACUGAAACUACCAAAAGGAGGCAACGCUGAGAAAGAAAUGUUCUACAGAAAUCGAGCUGCAGCUUAUUUAAAGCUGGGCGAUUACGAGAAAGCUAUUAAAGACUGCAACACUUCGUUAAAGAUAUGUUGUAAUAAAGCAUUGUAUCGCAGAUGUCAAGCGCUACAAGCGUUAAAGAGAUUCGAGGAGGCAUAUAGAGAUGCAGAGAUUAUUAUGUCAUCUGACCCCAAUAACAAAGUUAUUCAACCCGUAAAGGAGCGCUUACAUGAAAUUGUACAAGAUUGUCGUAAGGACUCACAUCUUAGUGCCACGAUAUCGCAAAUGCUGGAUUUAGCAUUUAACGUGAGCGCAGAAAAGAAGAAACGUGAAAUCGCUAUGACCUCUCUACUUGUGCUCGCACGUGACGAAGCUAGUGCCGAGGAGAUAUUCCAGAAGGAAGCUGUAACAAAAAUCGCACAACUUAUAAAAGUUGAAGAGAAUGAGAAAGUGAUUUGUAGCGCAAUUCGUAUUGUGGGCGAGGUAUGCAAAAACAAUAUUAAACGAACCGAGUCCGUUGUGAGAUAUGUCGGUUUGCUUUGGUGUCUGGAAGUCAUGAACAGCACGUCUCCAAAGAUAGUCAACGCGUCUCAAUAUUGUUUACAGAACAUAUUGAACACUUACAGCGGCAUGAAUAAUGAACGUGAUGCAAAACCCGAUAAGACUUUGUGCGAAACACAUAAGAAUGAACUUGAUAUGAUUUUGUCAUGCUUAUUGAAUAGUGUAACGAAUAAAACGAUAACAGGACUUGCUAGAGACGCAAUAAUAGAACUUAUUACGCAUAACAUACAUACUGCAUUAAACUGGGCCGAACAAUUGGUCGAGCUUCGCGGUUUGCAAAAAUUAUUGGAGAUAGCCAGUCAAUUGGAGGAAUACGAAUCCUCGUUCGACAUAACGUCUUCCACGCGAAAUAUAAUCAGUAUAUGCUUUGCAAAGAUAUAUGAAAACACGUACUGUAAUGAUGAUAAGAGGACAUUUAUCAAUGCCACUGAAGAAUUUAUUGGGAAUAAUUUGCUUAAAUUUGACACAGAAUCCAAAGUGCGCAUAGUACUUGCGAUAACAACUUUAGUAUUCGGUUCGUUAGAUGUUGCGGAAGCAGUUAUCUUUGAACCAGAGAUUUUUAAGAUGAUCUUUGCUAUGUCAAAAACGGAUGACAUAUUGCAACAGAAAGUGGUUUGCGAAUGUAUCGUUGCCGUUGUGACCAAAUCUAAAAAGGUCAGUGUGUUUAUACGUCAAAGUGUAAAUAUAUUGGAGAACCUGUAUCAAUCUGAGGAUGAUUCAAUUCGGAUUCGAGCGUUAGUUGGUUUUUGCAAGUUAAGCAAAUUUGACAAAAGCAUUUUGAGCGAUUGCACGACUAUCGAACCGUUCGCAGAUGGAGCGACGAAGAAAUUGGCCAAGGUUUGUACACAAGUCUUAAUUAAUCACAAAAAAAGAAAGGACAUUAGAAAAUGGGCCGUUGAAGGCCUGUCGUAUCUCACUAGCAACGUCGAGGUCAAAAAGGAGUUGAUCAAAGACCGACAAGCCGUUAAAGCGAUGAUUGAGCUCGCCGAGACUAACGAUCAAUCGGUUAUCUUCGGCCUGACGAUUAUAUUGGUAAACUUGUGCGACGCUUAUGACAAGAAAGAAUUCAUACCUGAAAUGACAGAAUUGGUAAUGUUUAUUAGACGUUAUUUUUCCGAGGAAUAUCUGACCAAAGAUGGCAACGACUUCGUGAUAAAACGAUACGUGUUAGCGAAUGAGGGUGUGACAGGCGCUCUGGUAAACCUCGCUAAAACGGACAGCUGGAACUGCAAGGAAUUAAUAGCUCGCGUAUUCAAAGCGAUAUGCAGUCAACAUAAUUUGAGAAAAAUAGUUGUUGAUGAAGGCGGUAUGGAGGCAUUGUUGUCGUUAUCGCUGAAUGGCACAGACAAAGGAAAAAAGUAUGCUUCGCGAGCCCUGGUCCAUAUAGCUUACACGAUACUUCCUGAAAUUGCAGUUUCUGGUCAGAUAAUCAUGCAGGCUGUUCGGCCAAUCAUAAAUCUCCUGAACUCCGAGUGUUCCGUGAAUGAGAAUUGCGAGACUCUAACAGCUUUAUGCAAUCUAGCUAGCAUCAACGACAGCAUGCGAAAACAUAUAUUCAAGGAGGCAGGAUUUGAGAAAAUCGAGGACUAUAUGCAUGACGAUAACAACAUGUUGAAACGAACAUCCGCACAACUCAUAAACAAUUUGGUAUUAUGCCAUGAAGUUGCUAUC